GACACUGACACUCAAUACCCUCUCCAAUCUCACCCACCUAACUAAAGAUGCCGGCUGGUCACGGGUUACGCUCAAGAACAAGGGAUUUGUUCGCAAGAGGGUUCAGGAAGAAGGGAACCAUCCAUCUCUCCACAUACCUCAGAACCUACCAUGUCGGAGAUUACGUCGACAUCAAGGUUAACGGCGCCGUUCACAAGGGUAUGCCCCACAAGUUCUACCAUGGUCGCACUGGUCAGGUCUGGAAUGUCACCAAGCGUGCUAUUGGAGUCGAGAUGAACAAACAGGUUGGUAACAGAAUCAUUAAGAAGAGGAUUCAUGUGCGAAUUGAGCAUGUGAUGCCAUCAAGGUGCAACGAAGAGUUGAAGCAGAGGAUCAAGAAGAACGAUCAACUAAAGGCUGAGGCUAAGGCGAAGGGUGUGGUGAUCAGUACUAAGAGGCAGCCGCUUGGACCCAAACCGGGAUUUAUGGUUGAAGGAACCACCCUAGAGACUGUGACUCCUAUUCCUUAUGAUGUGGUCAAUGAUCUCAAGGGUGGAUAUUAAGUUUAAAACUUGUUUUGAAUCUUUUUGUCAGUUUUUGUUUCAUGACAUUUAUGUGUUUUUUAUGUUCUUUAACUUUGAUUUAGACUGGAUGUGUUUUUGUUGUUAUUCAAGGCCAAGUAUUGGGUUAAGUGUUUUUGAACAA